ACUUUUAAUCUGAAAAACCCUGACUGGGAGGACACCGGAAGUCUGGUGUCUUCACUGUGGUGUGUGUCUGGCGGCGGGAUAGCUGUGGAGUUUGUUAUUAGUGAGUUUGAAGAAGACAGAGCUCCAGUCCUGAACAGAAUCCAGAGUGAGUCCAGCAGCCCCAGUGGAGCCCUGCUGGAUUUCAGGACCAGAGAGGAAUGGAGGAGGACAACCAGAACCAGGAGCAGCGGAGCAACGAGGUCCCCAGAAGACAAGCAGCAGACUGGGACUCUGAUAGCAGCCAUGUUCAGGAGCCCUCAGCAGACGUCGAGCUGGCGACCGUAGCAGGAAAGAAGGGCAAGAAGGCCGAGGAGGAGGAGCAGCCUGCAGCAGUGAAGGAGGAAGAGGAGGAGGAGGAGGAGUAUGUGGUGGAGAAGGUUUUGGACCGCAGAGUGGUGAAGGGAAGAGUAGAGUUUCUGCUGAAAUGGAAGGGGUUCUCAGAUGAGGAGAACACAUGGGAGCCACAAGACAACCUGGACUGCCCCGACCUUAUCACCGAGUACAUGCAGAAACACAAGGAGAAGGAGGAGAAAAAGAAGGAGGGCAAGAGGAAAGUUGUCCAUGAGGCCUCGGGAGACUCAGAGGAGCGAGGGAGCAAGAGGAAGAAGGAGGAGAAACGGAGAGGAGGAAAGGGACCCAAACGUCACCACUGUCAACACUGUGACAAAUCCUUCACGUCAAAAUAUUUAAAGAUUCAUCAGAGAGUUCACACUGGAGAGAAGCCAUACAGCUGUGAUCAAUGUGGGGCAGCUUUCACACUACAGGGUCACCUAAAAAAACAUCAACGUGUUCACACUGGAGAGAAGCCUUACAGCUGUGAUCAAUGUGGGAAAACAUUUUCUGUGAGUGGUAACCUUAAAAGACACCAGCUCAUUCACACUGGAGAUAAACCUUACAGCUGUGAUUUAUGUGCUAAAACCUUUUCUCUGCGUAGUAGCCUAGAAAGCCACCGACGUGUUCACACUGGAGAGAAGCCGUACUGGUGUGAACAAUGUGGGAAAUCUUUUUCUCGGAGUAGUAGCCUUAAAACCCACCAGCGCAGUCACACUGGAGAGAAGCCGUACAGCUGUGAUCAAUGUGGGAAAACUUUUACUCAGAAUAGUCACCUAGAAAUCCACCGACGUGUUCACACUGGAGAGAAGCCGUACUGGUGUGAACAAUGUGGGAAAACUUUUUCUGAUAGUAGUCACCUUAAAAGACACCACCUCAUUCACACUGCCUCGUAG